GGGAAACAAGCCCCCCCUUAAUCCCCAAUUCCACUAUUGGAGGGACGUUUCAGAGUUUCUGGCUGACCCCACGAAAUCGGUCAUGGCAAUCCGCCUGUGAUAAGCCGUUCAUUCAUUCCUUUACCGUUCUGGGACGCUGGGGCGUCGGGAAUGGACGCGGCGUGCGUGAAUGGGAUGGCGUGGAAUGAUCUGUCGCAUGCUGAUCCCCCCAUAUCAGCCGGCAUUCCAGGGCUUGCAAUGCCUGCCGGUCUUGGCCAGAGCCACUGCCUAAGCUUCGUCUAAGUCGUCUGCCCCCAUCGGUCUGCUAACCGGUAGUCGUGGGAGAGCUAGCUGGUCAGGGAUAGAUGCCAUGGGUUAAAAACGUUCCAUGGUCCCCAGACGGACCCUCCCAGUCCUACCCUUGCUCCUCCUUCAUCGUGCUAUCCGUUCAACAUCAAUACUGUCCAGAAUGCAGGAGAAGAAAGACGCCCUCGAGGACCUCAACCACGUCCCUUCCCAUCAGGUCGGCGAAGUUCAAGAUGCAGUGUUUGGAGAGAUCACUGAAGGCGGCCCCAACUACCGCAAUGUAGGAUGGAUCGGAACAGUCGCCCUCAUGAUGAAGACCCAGAUUGGCCUUGGCGUGCUCUCAAUCCCGGCCGUCUUCGACACCCUAGGCAUGGCUCCCGGUCUCAUUUGUCUAAUCGCCAUUGCCGUUAUCACCACAUGGUCGGACUACAUGGUCGGUGUGUUCAAGCUGAACCAUCGUGAAGUCUACGGGAUCGACGAUGCUGGUGGGAUCAUGUUCGGCCGGGUUGGUCGUGAAUUUCUCGGCGCGGCAUUUUGCCUGUACUGGAUCUUCGUGGCAGGCUCCGGUAUGCUCACCAUCUCGAUCGCCUUGAACGCCGUGUCUGCUCACGGCACCUGCACGGCCGUCUUUGUCUUCGUGGCCGCCAUCCUGGGAUUCGGUUUUGGCAGCAUCCAGACCCUUGGGCGUAUCAGUUUCCUCGCCUGGAUCGGUCUGGUGUCUAUUCUGACUGCAAUCUUUUCCGUUACGAUCGCCGUUGGAGUCGAGGAUCGCCCGGCUGAUGCACCGCAAACGGGUCCCUGGGUCUCCGACUACGUCGCUGUCAAGAACCCGAAAUUUUCGGAUGCCAUCUCUGCUGUGUCCUCGCUCGUCUUCGCCUUCUCCGGCACCCCCGGGUUCUUCUCCAUCGUGUCCGAGAUGCGUGAGCCGCGCCAUUACGCUCGGUCCGUCACGAUCUGCCAGUCUUUGGUGACGGCCAUCUACAUUACUAUCGGCUGUGUCGUCUACUGCUACUGCGGCUCGUAUGUCGCGUCUCCUGCCCUGGGUUCUGCGGGCACGAUCAUGAAGAAAGUCAGCUACGGCUUCGCUCUGCCGGGAUUGAUCGUCUCCACGACCAUUUUCGUCCACUUACCCGGGAAAUACAUCUUCAUCCGUGUCCUCCGAGGCUCCCGCCAUCUGACGGCCAACACGUUCAUCCACUGGGCCUCCUGGUUCGGCUGCACCUUCGGCACGACACUCAUUUCAUACAUCAUCGCCAGCGCCAUCCCCGUCUUCAACAGCCUCGUCUCCCUGAUCGGCGCCUUACUCGGCACCCUCAUGUGCUUCCAGCCAAUGGGCUUCAUGUGGCUGCACGAUAACUGGAGCAAGGGCCAGACCAAGAAAACGCCCCGGUGGAUGUUCAUGGUCUGCUGGAGUAUCUUUGUUAUUGUCUCUGGGUGUUUCUUGACCGUUGCCGGCACCUAUGGGUCUGUUGUUGCUAUUAUCGACUCGUACAAUGAGUCCGGGGGUACGUCCGCGUGGUCCUGCGCGGACAACUCGAACUCUUCGUGAGGUGGUUUGCUUGCUUGACUUUGCACCAUGAGAAUCUAUCUUCACGUCUAUCCGGUCUCUAACAUCCGGGAUGAUCUGGCAUGCAUUAGUGUUCAAGGGCAAUUCAUUUCUUGUCUGUGUUAUGGGUAUUAGAUCGGCUUCUGUCUCUUUUUUUUUUGGACCUAGCUGCAUUCAUGGAAUAGAAGACAUAGAAUCAUACGUAAAGGAUACUACCC